AUGAAAAGACAUAAUAAUCGCGACUUUUAUAGAAAACAAGCAAAACUAAAUGUUUCGCCAGCGGAAAUCGUAAAUCCUAUACUCUCGUAUCUCAAGUGGAUUUUAUUAAUACUAAAAUCAGUUGGUCUUAUGCCAUUUUAUACUACGCUAAAUUUUUAUAAGAUCGGCGUGCCGAAUCGACGUUGGUUGCUGAUUAGUAGAGGCAUAAUUUGUAUCAAGUUUUCUGUAACACUAAUACAUCUUUAUUUUACACUUACGCCCGCUAUAUCGCAAAUAUUUUUCCGACAAGGCUACACGGAUGGCUUAUCCAACAUUUUCAACAUAACCUUUUGUAUACUCACCGAUGCCAACAAGACUUCACAAGUGCUGGCGCGUAUCUACGGUAAAGGAGAUAAUUUUCAAGAAAUCGUUGACAAAUUUCUGACAAAGAGCAUCAAACAGAAUGUGCAAUUUACCGUUUAUGGAUUUUUUGUCAUUAAUAAUUCAACACUGUUCAAGAUUUUCUCAGCCGUUGUUACAUACCUAGUCAUUUUAAUUCAAUUCAAACAAUUGGAGGAGUCUCGUACUUUACAGUGA